UCACGCAUAUUUUUGUUUGAUUAGAUUUCAAAUAUCAUCACAACAGAAUUCUGCCAGGGUCGAACAAUGCGCUGGGGAGUGGCAUGGACAUUUUUGUCCGAUGUUGUAACGAAGGUAAAAUAAUUUUCAUUCUUGGUUUUUGGCUUCUGAAAAACACCCUGUAUAGAAUUGAACCUCAUUCUGGUCAAAAUUAACGUGGCUGUUUUGAAGUUUUCAUAUGAAACGUUUUGUUGUUUCAGUAUCCGCCAAAGAAGAAACGAAAGAACAAACCGUUACAGUUGUCAUUUUCUCCGAAUACAGUUUGUCCAAAUGAAACAUUUUCCGAAAUCACCAACAUUGACCAGUUAAUUUCCAGGAUUUCGGAAAGAUUUAAAGAAAUACUUAACGAACUACAGGUUAGUGAAAUCUUUCUAACUAGUGUGUGGGUUUUCACUUGCGCAAAUAUCAGAGCAAGUGCGUUUAACCUCGUGGGGUGGAUUCUCCUUAGGGACACGUGACACUCACGUGAAAAGAGACAGUGAGUCAACAACGCUUUAUCGUGAGUCGUGGGUUUUCUUCGGGUACUCCGUUUUUUUCCCACAGGGAAUAUUGACAGGGUGGGUUGGGAUUAGCCUUUAUAUAAUAACUACAGUGAAACACGCAAUUUGAUUGGUCAAUAGCCGUGCAGGAUCAGGCUAUCCUGCACGAGGAAUUAAAGCGCCUUCGCGGGAUUUUCGCGGGAUUCUCAAAAUGUCAUUGUUCCACUGUAGUAAUUUUAUAAAACAAUUACCAAAUGGUUUUCCAAGCAGAAUAGCGUGAUCCAUGCACUUGGGAUGGUGCUCGACUUUCGGAAAGCGUAAAAAUACUCGAGCCGCAGGCGAGUCUCGCGACAUCCCUCGUGCAUGGAUCACGCAAUCCUGCACGGAAAACCAUUCGCUAUUCCUUUAAUAAUGGACCCUUCCAUCGUAGACAUGAGUUAUAAGGUCUUGUGAAGGUCCUUAGAAAGCCUUUGACUUGAUCAGGUUGAAAGUCUACACACGUAAAAACGCACAAGUUGUAACAAACCUGCAGCAGAGUUGUAGCAAUGCUGUUCCGACAAUUUGUAAACGGCUUGUUGGCAACUUACUACAAGGUUGUUGAGCUCAACAGACUUGUUACAAGUUGUUUCAACAACUUGUUAUCGUCCUGUAACUUGUCAACAAGUUGUGAGUGACAACCUUGUAGCAACUUGGUAAAAUAACAGCAUUGUUACAACUUGUUGACAAGCUUGCUACAAGCCUGUUGCGAAGACAUCUUGUUGACAAGUUGUGAGAUUUUUACGUGUGUACUUCAUAAUUUUUAGCUCUCAGCUGCGAGUAAGGACGAUUAGGACGUACUCACUAACAGAUGGUGGUCAAACUGUAGUUAUCAGAGUGAGAAAUAGUGUAUUUGGUGGCCAAUAAAUAGAAUGAGAGAUGUAGUUUAUUUUUGCUUCUGUCAGAGUCAGUAUUCCUGAAGUUGACCACGCCAUCCAACGGACUUCUUUUUCAACUUAGAUACAAGUUCUCUCGGAAAGCGCAGGAGAAGCGAAAACUACGAAACUGCAUUGUCAUGCAACACACAAUACCUGGGCAAACCAGAGAAGAAAGCGGCGCGAGGCUGCAGGAAAACUGAGAUCUAGUAAACAACCUUCGGUCAAUCAUGCUUCAGACUUGCCACUUGAAAGUUGUCUAACUGAUAAUACUUUGAUGAAAAGUCCUGAAACUGUUACGAUGUCAGAGUUGGAUCAUGCAGAAACUAUUGAAUCAGGUCAGAAAAAUUUAUCUACAGCAAAUGAGACCUCACAGAUUGAAACCAAUUUACCUUUAGUUUUAACAAACAAAAACUCCAAUGGUGAAAUAAUCAAAGUUCAGGACUCGAGGGUUGUUACUUGUCUAAAUUGUGCCUCUGAGAAGGGUGAACUGCUGACGAAUACAACUAUAAAACAUCGAGCUGCUCCAGAAGGCAAAACACAAAAUAAUGAGACACUGAAAUCUGACAACAAAGACGCGAAAUUGCAAACGAACACAGAAGACAAAAUUUCUUCACUCAGUACAGGUGUUAAAAAAAGAAAAACUUCUGCAGAUACUAGUAAACAUAGACAGAAGUUUUUAAAACCAGAUGAUAACAAUAAGAGCGAAGAGUUCUUUCUGGAGUUUGUUGUCAUAUUAGGAGCGAAGCCUGAUGACGUAAUGUCAGGUAGUUUGUCUCAAAUGUUUCUGCAAAUGGAAUGGAUGAAUGGACAGGAUAGAAAUUCCAUGUAUCAAUUAUUUCAAUAUUUUCAAAACCGCUUCAGUUCCUGAGGGGUUUUACAAAUAUCAUGCGUACGUGACGUAAUUUCGUGUGGCUCUCGACCAAUGAAGUCGCUUGAAUUCUUAAGGUUGUAUAUAUAUAUAUAUAUGAUAUAUUUACCUCCAGUGGUUCCAUUCAUCUUAACGGUAGACAACUUUGUAUCUUGCUUGACUUUAUCAGAUUGGUUGACUACAAAGAAAUGUUUAAAAGUACAAUGAACCUCAGAGCAAAUAGAUAUCAUUCUUUAUAUGUUUGUGAUGUUACUCUGAGUGUGUCUGAAAAGCCAGAAGGGCGUCCAGGCGUCCUGGGACGCCCCUAGAACGAAAAAUGGACGCCUUUGGACGCCCAAAUUCCGGGGUAAAAGGGAAAUUAUUUUCAAUUAGUUCCCUAAGUAUAUUUAAU